CAUAAAAGAUAAAAAUUCUCGAACUUUUAUUUUCCUCCACUUUCUCACCAACCAAACACCCAACCAAAACAAAAACAAAACCACCAUGGAAGUAGAAGUAAAACUCCGUCUCCCAAACUCCGAAUCCCACCAAAAACUCUCAAACAUCCUCUCACCCUUCCACACCCAAACCCUAAUCCAAGAAAACAUCUUCUUCGACACACCCACCUCACACCUCGCCUCAAAUCUCGCAAUCCUCCGCCUCCGCUUCUACAAUCAAGACUCCCACUGCACCCUCACACUCAAAUCAAAGCCCACACUCGCCAACGGCAUCAGCCGCAUAGAGGAGCAAGAAGAGCCCGUCGACCCGCUACUCGGGCGGAUGUGUGUGGCCGAGCCACGGCGGCUGUGGGCGUUGGAGAGGUCAAAGAUUAUGAUGAGAGUUGCGGAGGAGUUUAGGGUUGGUGGGGAUGAUGAUGAUGAUGGGUUGGUUUGUUUAGGUGGGUUUAAGAAUGUGAGACAAGUGUUUGAUUGGAGAGGAUUGAAAUUGGAAGUUGAUGAGAGUGUGUUUGAGUUUGGUAUAUGUUAUGAGAUUGAGUGUGAGAGUGAGGUGCCUGAGGAAGUUCAGAGAUUGAUUGAAGAGCUGUUGAUUGGUCAUGGGAUUGAUUUUUGUUACUCUGAGAGUAAUAAGUUUGCUGUUUUUUUAUCUGGGAAGUUGCCUUAAUUUGUGUAAAGAUGUUAUUUUUUGUGAGAUUUUUUAUUCAUUAAUAAUGGGUUUUGAAUUGUUAGUUGUUCAA